GACAUAAGACCUCUUAUCAACGUCUUCUCCGGUCUGUGCAAAAUCAAAGAUAUUACCGUUAUCAUAAGAAUGACAUCUUGGCUUGUCAUCAUUUUCUUCGUGCUUGCAUCGAGCAACUUGAAAUGUUUAUUAAAGAAAAUAGAUUGGUUCCUCCUAAUCCUCUUGCAUAUUCUUGA